CGGAUGUGCAUCACAAAGGCUAUGAAGCCAAGUUUGCUCACAUGCAAAAGAGACAAAAACGUCGCCGUCUUUCUGUCUUCUUUGGGACGUUCUAGCGACGUGUUGUGCUUGUUUGUCCUCGUCUCCAAAGCACAAAAGGAGUUGUCUUGCUAGGCUACGAGCAGCUAAAGUACCUCAACAUCUCCUAGUGACACUUUCCAGAACAUGGCGGAAGGAGGCUUCGACCCUUGUGAGUGCAUCUGCUCCCACGAGUAUGCCAUGAGGCGCCUCAUCAACCUGCUGAGGAACUCUCAGUCCUACUGCACAGACAGCGAGUGUCCACCAGAGAUGCCCGGGCCCAGCAUGGAGGGCCUGCUGGAGGGCGGAGGAGAUCUGACUCUGCCCAUGAUGCUGAUGGGCUGGCUGGUGCUGGCUGUCAUCCUCUUCCUGCUGCGCCCCUCCACCCUCAGACGAUCCUCCACCGCCGCCAAGCCCGACAGAGCCCACAGUAGCGAUGGACGAGAGCCGCCAGCGCCCCCCGUUGACUAGCCAAGGGAAGUCUUCUUUUCCAAACUUCUUCAUUCAUUUUUGCUCAGGAUUUUCUUCAUUAAAUCCCAAUUGAUGCUUCCA